AUGUUGAGCACGCCUAGCCUCUUUCUCGGCCUCGUGGCGGCCACAGGCAGCGUCCUGGCUACCCUCUCCGAGGACCUGUACCCCUGGCAGGCACCACAAGAGGGCGACCUGCGCUCUCCGUGCCCCGGCAUCAACUCUCUCGCCAAUCACGGCAUUUUGCCGCGCGAUGGUCGCAACAUCGAUCUGGACACGCUUGGCGCCGCGGUGCUGCUCGGCUACAACAUGGACCACGAGACGAUGCUCCUGGUUGGCAUCCCGGCCUUAAAGACUUCGACGACGGGCGACAACGCGACCUUCCACCUCAGCGACGUGGCCCAGCAUAUGCCACAGGUCAUUGAGCACGAUGGCAGCAUGACGAGGGACGACGCGUACUUUGGCGACGAUUUAUCGUUCAGCCCUGCUGCCUGGGGCCGUACACUAAGCGGAUGGGGUGACAUCGAUAUUAUUGAUAAUGAGGCGGCAGCCAGGGAGAUCAAUCAGCGAUUUGAGUGGGGAGAGGCGCAUAACCCAGAAUUUAACGCCACCUUCGCGAGGAGCGGUUCGCUGCUGCAGUAUGCACUGCUCCUGUCAGCCUUUGGUGACUACGGCAAUGCCAAUAAGACGCUGGUGCGAUUCUGGGUCGAGCAUGAGAGGCUGCCGCUGAGCUUGGGGUGGCAACCGCCUGUCAACCCUAUCACUCAUGACAUGGACAAUGCUAUUGCAGCAAAUAUCUCGGCUCUUUGGGACGAAAUAGUGGCAUCGGCAUAA